GUACAAGUUUGUUUUAAAAUGGCGGCGGAAGCGUCGAGACAGCUGCGUUGAGGAGGAGGCAGGGGAGGUGAUGGUGGUGCAGCAGUAGUCACAGCAGCAUCAUCAUGGACCACUCCGGCCGGCGACUACCUGCCACCCACCUGUAGCUUUCACCCGGAGACAUGGCGAACACGACCCACGGCACCCAGGACCAGAGGGACGGCCGCUGUGGAGUGUCUGGAGGAGCCAUAGUGGAGAACGGUUCUGUUGUCAAAGACCCGACUUCCUCUCAGCUCCAUGAUCACACCAACAACCACAACCACCACCCUAUCCACCACCACGGCUCUGAGUCCAGCUCCACCUCACCCAGCGGACCCGUCCUGCUCAGUUACAACCCCUCCUGCUCCUCCACCCCCAUCUACUACAGCAGCCCCCAGAAGAGCUGCUCGGACCUGGACCCGGACAGCACCAGCUUGACCUCCCAGGACUCGGGCAUCCCCACCCUGGAGAUCAACCCUCCGGAGCCCGUCCCGCACCGUCCAGGCACCCAGGACCACGACUGUCCCGCCACGUUACCCCUGGACGACGACCCGUCCGACGGCCUCCGCAAAUCCUCCACCUUCCCCCGCAGCGGCUAUGACUCCAUCCGGCUCUUCAGCCCCGCCCUCCGGCUGUCCGCCACCGUGGCGACGGGCGUCGGGGGCGGCGCCUUGAACCGCAGCGACGACAUAUCCGUGUGCAGCGUGUCCAGCAUGAGCACGGAGCUGUCGGUGUCCAACGAGGACAUCCUGGAUUUCACGGUCACCUCCGACUCCAGCGCCAUCGUGACCCUGGAGACGGACGACAGCGGCGCCGCCCACUUCUCCGACGUCACGCUGUCGUCGCCGGGAGACCUCAGGGACUCGUGGGGCCCGGGGCGACCGCAGCAGGACGGGGACGGACGGCAAAAAAAGCUGGGACCCCUGGCGAGUUUAUUCACCAGGAGUCUGUUUGCCAGGAGGGUGAAGGACACUCGACCGGUGGACCAGAGAGAUCCUGGGUGGAAGCUGUUCGGGAAAGUCCCACUGCGGGAAGGACCCAUCAAAGACCCAAAGAAGAUACAAAAGGAAUAUGAAACAAAGAGUGGCAGAGCUGGACCUGGCAACCCGACAUCUCCCAGGCAGAGCGUGAGGAAAAACCUGGACUUUGAGCCCCUCUCCACCACCGCGCUGAUACUGGAGGACAGACCUGCAAAUCUUCCUGCCAAACCAGCUGAGGAGGCCCAGAAACACAGACAGCAAUAUGAAGAGAUGGUGGCCCAGGCCAAGAAGAGAGAAAUGAAGGAAGCUCAGAAGAGGAAGAAGCAGCUGGAGGAUCGGUGCAAGCUCGAGGAGAGUAUUGGGACGGCGGCCCAGACCUGGAACCAAGAAAUCCUGCCUCACUGGAGCACAGUAUGCACUACUCGUCGAGUGAGGGACCUGUGGUGGCAGGGCAUCCCCCCCAGUGUGAGGGGCAAAGUGUGGAGCCUGGCUGUGGGCAACGAGCUCAACAUCACACACGAGCUGUACAACAUCUGUCUGGCCCGAGCAAAAGAGAAGUGGAGGACGACGGCGGCGCCCACGGCCGAGACCGAGCCUGAAGAUGCUGGUUCUUCAGACAGGGAGUCGAGUCUGGAGCUGAUCAAACUCGACAUCUCCAGGACCUUCCCCCAACUCUGCAUCUUCCAGAAGGGCGGACCCUAUCAUGACGUGCUGCACAGCAUUCUGGGAGCGUACACAUGUUACCGGCCAGAUGUUGGCUACGUGCAGGGAAUGUCGUUCAUCGCGGCGGUGCUGAUCCUGAACCUGGACACGGCCGACGCCUUCAUAGCUUUUGCCAACCUGCUGAACAAGCCCUGUCAGAUGGCCUUCUUCAGAGUCGACCACAGCCUUAUGUUGACUUACUUUGCAGCAUUUGAAGUGUUCUUUGAAGAAAAUCUACCAAAGCUCUUUGCACAUUUCAAGAAAAACAACUUGACCCCUGAUAUUUAUUUAAUCGACUGGAUCUUCACUCUGUACAGUAAGCCGCUGCCUCUGGACCUGGCGUGUCGGGUUUGGGACGUGUUCUGCAGGGACGGCGAGGAGUUCCUGUUCCGCACGGCGCUGGGUCUGCUGCGCCUCUAUCAGGACGUCCUGACCUGCAUGGACUUCAUCCACAUGGCCCAGUUCCUCACGCGACUGCCCGACCUCAUCCCGCCCGAGCAGCUCUUCCAGCACAUCGCUGCUAUUCACAUGACCAGCCGCAACAGGAAGUGGGCACAGGUGCUGCAGACCUUAACGGAACAGAAGAAAGCCGGAGCGAGGCAGCCUGGUGCUGAGGCUCUGAGCUGAGAUCUGAAGAAAAUCCUUCUCACACUAACCGACUGGACCUGAACCCGUCCAGCCUUCAGGACACCCUGGAGUAUUGGGGACUACUUGUAGCCGACGUGAUGAAACUCACCUCCAGAGUCAGGACCCUGGAGGGGAGAGGGGAGAUGGGGGAUGCGGGGUGGGGAGGGAGGUCUGUCAGUGAUGAGGCAAAAAAAAAAAAAAGUGGGUGUGAUAUAUAAAAAGGAAUACGAGGCCUUAUUUAACUCCAAACACCCCUCCUCUACACAGAGGCCCAGCAGCGAACUGGAAGCUGAAGCCGGGAAAGGCUGAAGAAUGUAACUCCCACACUCCCACACAUACAUGUACUCACCAGGCUGAUUCACAUCUCCACAGACCACAGCUCCAACACACAAUCCUCCACGUAGUAGAUUUUAAUUCUGCAGUUCACUCAAACUCUCCACAAUCAAACCCGAUAAUCAGGAACUUGUGUCUUUUUUUUUUUCUGUCUCGCUGUGUCCUACCCUUUUUUUUUUUUUAAUUAUUUUCAUCUCUUAAAACUUAAGACAUUCCUUUAUGUUCUCUGAUAUAUAUAUUUUAUUUUCUGAAUCAUUCCAUGAAGUCAAUAGUUUGAAAGUAAAAAAAACAAAAAAAAAACACAAAUGCACAUAACCUUCAUGCUGCAGGUUAAACACCUGAACGCAUGUUUGGUGACUCUUGAUUGCACCGCGUUGUUACACCUAAUGAAAUGUUGUACCCUUCUAAAAUCUAAAAAAAAGAAAAAAAAAGGUAUGGUAAAGUAAGCAUAUUUAUGUCGACAAAACUGGAGUAAAUUCAUAGUCACUGAUGUGUUAUUUCCCCCUAUGCUUAUGCUGUUUGAGGUACUUUUUUUUUUUUGUCAGCUUGUUGAGUGUUUCAUUUCCAGGAUGUCUUGGUGUUAGUGUUUUUGUCUUUUGCACUUUUAUUUAAUAUUUAUCAACAUAAAAAAAAACAGGAAGAACGGGACACAAACGGGACUUUGUUCCAGUUAAAUGAAGGGUCGAACCAUUCAUCUUAUAUACACUAUGCAUAUUGAGGUUUCUCCACUAGAGGGCGGAUUAGAGCCGACUCCCCUCUGACCAACUAGCAAAACUUUUUUUUUUUUUCCCCUCCGAAGACUUCGGAUUUCCUACAAAAAUAUCAUGAUAAUUGUUGUGGAGAUGUGUACAUACGGUUUCAAACUUUACGCAAAGUAAUUGUCGCUUCUAAAAGAGCCCACUUUCAGACAUUAGAACGUGAAAUACUGCCCCCUCUGUUCAUGUGCUUGAUAGCACUUUUUUUUUUUUGAGCCACAAAUUAAAACUCUGCAGUAUGGUAGUUGUAAAGAGAAUUCUUACAUUUAAUCCCAUCGGUGUGACCCAACCACUCCAUCUACUGACUUUGAGCCCCAAUUGAUCGGUAAAAAUUCUUCGGAGGGGAAAUGAUUAGUCUAUUUUUUGAACAUUUUAAUCAAGAAUCCCAACCAUUUCUCUUAUAUACGCUUUGUAUAUUAAUGGUUUCUCCACUAGAGGGCGAAUUAGACUCACCUCUGACUAACUAGCAAAUUUUUUUUUUUCUGCCCUUUUUUUUUUAUAACAAAAACAUCAUGAUAAUUUUUGUGGGGAUAUGGACCUAUGGUUUCUAAGUUUCCAAAGUAAUUAUCGCUUUUAAAGAGUCCGUUACUGACCUUAAACACGUGUCACGCAAAACCUCCAGCUACUUCUCAGUAAAAAUCCUUCGCAGGGGAAAUAAUUAAUCUGUUUUUUGAUCAAAAUGUAGACAUUCUUGUUUACGAGGGAUAUUUUAAACAAGAAUCCAAACCAUUCCUCCUGUAUACACUAUGUAUGUUAAAGGUUUCUCCUCUAGAGGGCGGAUUAGAGCCGACUUGAUCCGAAGACUUCGGAUUUACUAUCAAAACAUCAUGAUAGCCGUUGUGGAGAUGUGGACCUACAAUUUCAAACUUUCUGAAGUAAUUGCCGCUUUUAAAGAGUCCGCUACUGACCUGGCAUUAAAUCGUGAAAUACUGCCCCCUUUGUUCAUGUCUUUGGUUGCAGUUUUUUUUUUUUUUUGAGCCAACCGUUAACAUCUCUGCAAAUUGGCACUUUUAAAACUCUGCAGGAUUGUGUUGAAACUCAAUUAAUAUGGCAGUCAUAAGGAGAAUCAUUACUUUUAAGCCCUUGUGUAUUUGAGGCUCAAGCGAUCAGUAAAAAUCCUUCGGAGCGGAAAUGAUUAACUGACCAAUGAAGAUUUUGUAUCUACUACAAAAACAGCACGGUAAUUGUUGUGAAGAUGUGGGCAUACGGUUUCAAACUUUCUGAAGUAAUUGUUGAUGUUGUUGCUACUAAAGAGUCCGUUAUUAACCUGGCAUCAGAUCGUGAAAUACUGCCCCCUCUGGUCAUGUCUUGGAAGUUUUUUUUUAUUUUUGAGUCGACCGUUAACGUCUGUGCAAACUGGCACCAUUAGAACUCUGCAGAAUUGUCUUAAAAGCCAGUUAAAAUGGAUAAUUCCUACUUUUAAGCCCAUCUGUGUGAUUCAACCGCUCCUUUGAGGCCCGAUCGAUCGGCAGGAAUCCUUCAGAGGGGAAACGAUUAGUCGUUUUUUGAUCAAAAUUAUGUGAUUCUUGUUUGACAUUUCAAACAAGAAUCCGAAGCAUUUCCUUGUCUCGGUGUGACAGUAAACUGAAUGUACUCGGGUUUAGGUGGUUGGUAACUGAUGACAGGAUUACUUGACCCUUCCUAGUACAGUUAGAUCCUCCUUAUUUUUGAUGCAAAGCAAAAAUGAGUGAAAUAGUUCGCUGCUUUGUUCAUUCCAUUCCAGUAACUUCCUGUCACCCUGAACGUCUGUGCAGUGGUGUAGGUGUAAAGUGGGUCAUCGGUCAGGUUUGAGGCUCUGAGGUUGGCAGCGAUGUGUGUUUUAGUGUGUGUGUGUGUGACGGGUCUCGACGUUGACAAGUAUGUCGUGGUUAUUGUGUUAUACCGUCGCCACCACUAGUGGGACAGGGCCUGUGUUUACAUCUCUUUAGAGAUGCGUUGUUUUUGAAGGGCUGCGCGGCAAAGAGUUGGCGAUUUGAAUUUGUUGAUAAUCAGAAAGAAAAGAAAAGUUCCACUGCGUUUUAAGAGGAUUCUUUCUUUCGAAGCCCAUUUUGCACUAGUAAGUUCGUGAGAGGGAGCUGAAGUUGUGGGUUUGUUGCUGGUUGUCCGUGAAGGUCUCGUGAACCCUGACUGAGUUUUUGAACAUCCAUCAGCGACAUGUCUCUCGGUCCUCUGAAGGACGUCGUUGUGCUCAAAGUAUUUUAGUUUAAACAACAGGAAGCGGGUUUUGGUGUUGAGCUCCCCGUCGUCUCGGCUGCCUCACGGCUGCUAGCAGACAGACUUCACCUCGGCAACGUGCUGCAGACUUUUCUGAUCACUCUUCUUAAUGUGCAACCCUCCCUCCCCAUCUUCUUCCUCCUCCACUGUGGUAACACACUGCAGGACUGCAAUAAAGCUUUUUGCACAUACAUGGAAGCCUUUGAGUUGUGCCUCGCAUCAUCAUCAUCAUCAUCAUCAUCAUCAGUUCAUGUCACGGGUUUAAACGGGUUGUCGUUUUCUUUUCCAUCGUCUUUUCAUUUUCCCUUUGUAAUUUCUGUGCUUAAGUGUCUGACGGUGAAUUUUGUGUGUGUUUGUCUUUUUUGUGUGUGUGUGUGUGACAGAUCUGUUAGUUGUUACAUUAAAAGCUGGUCUGAAUUCAACCGUACCAGCUCUCUACCUACACUACCUGCUUAGUCAAUGAUCCAUUGAAGGGUGAAAAAAUUCAAACAAAAUUUAAACGAAAACAUGUAAUAUAUAUAGAUAAUAUAUAUGCGUUUGCUUCACAAUCGGGUUGAUUUUGCUGGAUUUUUUUUAAAGUCUUAAAUUCUGUUUGUCGUUUGCAUCGUCUCCACUUUUAUUUCUCAAGAGACCCGCGUACUGUAGAGGACUGAUAGACAUCCAUGGAGAUGGCAGUGGGGUCGCCAUGCAUCUGCAUCUCACUUGAAAUGUGUAUAUAGAAAUAAAUGAUGGUUUUAUUAUAAUAAAAAGCUGUACACCUACAA